AUGCAACGACUUUUUGGGUCGACGGCAGUUCGGGGCAACACAAAAUCGAUCGAUACGGCAGGAGGGCGGAGGGCAGGUGGAUACCCAAAACAAGUUUGUAAGAAGUGCCUACGAGGUCUGACAAAGCCGUUGGACAGUCAGCAAAGGCUCGGCGGAGACCUAGCUUGCAAUACGGAGACUUGGCUUGCAAUAGGCUUGUAAUGCGUCCACGUUCUCUAAUUUUAGCUAUCACUCACGUUAAUUUCCUUUAUCCUGAGUUAUCGUAAGAUAUAAAAGACCAAAAUUUGGGGCAAAAAACGAAGUUCCGUAACUUUUAUCUAAAUAGAUAUUACUGAUGCGGGUACAUGCAAAAUUCCUCAAAAUAAGUGAUAGGCUAUCCUAGGGGCCUGUCAAUCUUAUUAUUUCUACUAACUAAGCCUUCUCCUAGCCUCCUUCAUGCAUACAACGAUGAAGCAACGCGAUCCAUAGUAUCGUUGGCCCGAACUGUCGCUGACCUGAACAGUCGUCGUGCCAUCGUUGGAAGCAAACGAUCGUUGGCACCGAAAUUCAUGAGAAAAAGCAAAAGUAAGCGAGCGAUAUAAACUUUUGGUCUAAACAUAGACUCUGCUCGUCCUAAACGGUCAUUUUUUACAAUUUCCGUACCGGUCAUUCCCGCUUCGAUCACGAUUCCCGCCUUUCAAGUUGUUUGUCCAACUGUCUCCAAGCCCUAUAAAUCAGAAGUCCAAAAAAUGAAACUUCGUCAAGUGAGGCUCGCUUCAACUAAUUAAAAUAAAUUUUCCUUACCAUUACUUAGUUUCCUAAAUCACUACUUCAUUUUUACUAUGAUUUUUCAUUUUACUAUUCUCGCUUUGUGUUUGGUGAUGUCUUCCGGGGAAGAGAGAUUGGUAAUUUAUAUAAAACACGAUUGACACUAAUGGGUUUUUAGGAAGUUUGUGGACGAGAAGAUUGCAGUAAUCAUGGGGAAUGUGUCGGAGUGAAGAAAGCUCCGAUUUGCUUCUGCGAAACGGGAUAUUAUGGAACAAGGUGUGAGAACGGUAAGUAUUUAAUGACGUUGGGCUGGUGGAUGCCCAAAAAAAGCCUGUAGAAAGCGUCUGUGAGGCGUGGCAAACCCGUUGGAGGCUCGGCGAAGGCUCGGCGGAGGCUCGGCGGAGACUUGGUGAAGUCUUGUAAUACACGUAUAUAGCCCACUUUUCUAACUUCAAUCUUAUUAUUUCUACUAACCAAGCCUUGUCUUUGCCUCCCCCAUGGACAAAAUGACGGAGCGAUCCCUAAUAUCGUUGACCCGAAAAGUCGUGGAGCCUAUAACACGAAAAUCUUGGAGGCAAAUCCUCCCCAAUUUCCUAUAUCGGGUACCGCUCUUCUUUUCCGAGGGAAGAGAAACGGAAACUUUUGUGGAACUUUUCGGUCGAUUUUUCUUGUCGGCCGGGCAAGAAAAUUUUCCGCAGCUGAAAAACGGCUCGCUUUACCAAAGUUGACCUGCUCUAUCCACCUGUAGCAGUCAUUUUCCCAAACGUCGGGGGAAGUUCAGACCAUUCCCUUGUAAGCUUCAAAUUUGCAAAUCCCGAUUAAAAUUUUGAUUAUGUUUUAGCGCCGCGCGACCUCUGUAAACAGGCCAAAAGCCUUGCCAAAAGCUUCAAAAUCCGUAUCCUCAACUUGCCCGACCAUCUUCUCCCAAAAUCUUCAAUUUCAGAGCCCUGCGACAGCCGGACAGGCUGCAACAACCACGGCCUCUGCCUGGGGAGCAAGUCCAAGUUCUCCUGUCUUUGCAAUCCCGGCUACAGAGGGCCCUACUGCGGCAAGACCUCACUCAAACCAAUCAAGAAGCCGAAAAUCCCGUUGUUCGACAACGCCUGCACUCCCGAAGAUUGCCGCAACAGAGGUGUUUGUGUUGGCUCCAAGGAUCAGCCGACAUGUUUGUGUUAUCUUGGAUUCAGCGGAGCAAAAUGCGAGAAUGCGAUAAUUGAGACGCGUAAGUUGGCGGAGGCUUUGGAAAGGCUGUUGAAUGCGUCGAUGGAGGGAUCAGCGGGAACGGGCUUCUUCCAUGAUUUGAUGCAAGAGCUACACGAAAAUGCGGUCUUGGAGAAUCUGGACCUUGACAAGAAUAGCGAGAUUAAGCAGAAAAAUAAAUAAAACAGUGAAAAUUGAAGAAUUUUGGAUUGUUUUCGAAGUGAAAGAGCCUUCAAUUAAGUUAGGGGUCCAUUAAAAUGUCUAAUCUUAAACGAUGUUGUACAGGGUGGGCCACUCGAAACUGACAAGUUUUUUCUUUGAAUUUCCCCGCAGAGACUCCGCCGAUUUUUCCAAAAUUUAGAUUUUUCUGGAGCUGAGACCCGCCAUUUUCAACCGACUGAAUUUCAAAAAAAUAUAUUUUGAAUUGAUCUUUCCAUGCCUUCUCAAAGUUUUGAAAAAUUAUUUUCAGGCCGAAACCGCUAAAACUUAUAAAAUUUUUGGAAUGAUUUUGAAAACGGUCAUUUUUCCGAGUUCUUGGGUGAAAUUUUCUUUGUUUUGCCUCAGAUAGUUGUCAAAUAUUGAUCCAAAAACAAUUUUAUUUAACAAUCUGAUUAUUAAUGUUUCUAUCUGAGUUAUUAUGUCCAUCUCCUCUCGCAUCACAAACUUGCAGUGCCUUUGAGAGUCAUAAGCAGCGAGAAUUGCGUAUCGUGGAUAUGGUUUUACUUCAAACAGGCCGGGCUCUGAGCUUCAAGAUGCCCCAGGCCUGACUCGAUAACCAUUGACGUCGAAUUUUUCAAUCUUUUUGAAAUCUUUUUUUUUAAUGUUCGUGCACUAAUGGUAAUACAAACAACCCUCUUGUGGUUUUCAACUUACUUUAAACAAGUUUACGGCGAGCACUAGCAACUUUUUACUCCACGAUUUCCCCAAAAAAAACCAAAAAUUUUCCAAGUCCGAGAAAGGCAAUUGAAAAUCAUUCCAAAAGUUUUCAAAGUUUUAGCGGUUUCGGCCUGAAAAUAAUUUUUCAAAACUUUGAGAAGGCAUGGAAAAUUCAAUUCAAAAUAUAUUUUUUUGAAAUUCAGUCGGUUGAAAAUGGCGGGUCUCAGCUCCAGAAAAAUCUAAAUUUCGGAAAAAUCGGCGGAGUCUCCGCGGAGAAAUUCAAAGAAACAACUUGUCAGUUUCGAGUGGCCCACCCUGUAUUUGAAUCUCAUAAAAUCGAAAAUAUUUGCAGUGGACGCCCAAAAAGGAACUUUCAAUCCAUGGACGUUGUGUUCAUCUUCUGAUUGCAAUAACAACGGAGUUUGCUUGGGAACCAAGAACAAGUUUGUCUGCAUGUGCAACUUGGGCUUCAGUGGAAAGCAGUGUGAAGAAAGUAAGUCGGAAAUUACAUCAUUACGAUGAGUUUUAUCGGUUGAAGAAUGACUUUUAAAACCAGCAACAAGAAGAAUUCUAAUUGCAGCAAAAUCUAAUGCCAUAUUUCAGCCUGGUACCCGCUCUGCGAUCCCAGCGAUUGCAACAACCAUGGGUUGUGCGUUGGAAACAAAAAGACCUUUGUUUGCGCUUGUCAUCUGGGCUACACUGGUCGGCAUUGUGAGAAAGGUGAGAUUAGACCACCACCUCAAAUACAAUGUAGUAUACAAUACUACAUGUUUAUAUCUUUGUGUCAUAGUAUCUUAUCGCCCUACUAACCAAACCUAAUUCAGUAGUUGGCACGCUGUGCGACUCCUCGGACUGCAACAACAACGGAAUGUGUGUGGGGAUCAAAGGCUCCGAGACAUGUGUUUGCAGUUUGGGAUAUUACGGAGCGAGAUGUGAAAAGCUCCUCGGCGGAGGCGGAGGAAUUCUUCCCAUCACCCCCACUGACAUCUGCACGUUGGGCGAUUGUAAUCAUAACGGACUGUGCAUUGGGACGAGGACGUUGCCGAUUUGCCUCUGCAAUUUGGGUUUUUUGGGAUUGAGAUGCGAAAUUGGUAAGCACAUAGCAUCGUGGUAAUAUAGGAACUACAAUUAUAUGAUAGAACCUUGUUGUCAUAACUACAGCAAUUAUAUUGACGUACUUUAAAAUACAAAUAUUCCAGAGCCCCCUUGCAACUCGCUCCUUCAAUGCUCCGGAAAUGGCCUCUGCAUCGGAUCGAUGAAGCAUUUCAGUUGCUCUUGCAACGUUGGCUGGUCUGGCGCGAAUUGUCAGAACUUUAUUGGAAAGUAA